AUGUUUAAUCCUUCCUCAACUAAUUCAACAACAGAAAGAAGGAGAGCACAUUUUAAAAAUAAUUUAAUAGAUGAAUUGUAUGAAGAUGAACAAAAUGAAAAAGAUUAUUAUAGAGGAGAAAGCAUUAAUUGCAAACUCCAAGCUUUAAAUAUUCUCCAUGCGAUACUUGGAGCUGUUGGACUUGGCCUUGCUGGCACCCAAUUUCAGACAAAAAUUGGAAUUGAUAAUUAUAGGCAAAUUGAUUUACGAAUGGCUAGUGCUUUACUUUACACAAUUACUGGAACUAUUGGGUUUUAUUGUGUUAAUCGUUCACAUGGAAGUAUUGUAAUUAAAUGUUUAUAUUGUUUAACUGCUUUGUUUGCUUUGGGUACAGCUAUAUUCUAUGGAUUUACAACUUAUAAGGUUAGGAGGGAAAAUAAUUGGUACUUUUCCGUUAUACGACCGCAAACUGAGAGUCAGCCGACUUUGACCGGCUAUAAUUUUUUGAUGCCUGAUCUACAAAUAAACUUUAUAUCAUUCGAAAGCCCUCGAUAA